ACAUUUAAUAAAUUAGUGAUCAAACUGUUUGAUAUCAAUUGCAUAUCUUUCGGUAAAUAUAUAUAUAAAUAAAUUGUGUCCACAAUUAUGGCCGACUAUUCUGACUUCCGAAUCGGCAAACUUAAUCUCAAAGGAGAGAAAAGAAAGAAGAAAAAAGAUAAGUCACGUAAAGUCGAGAUCAGCGAAGAAGAGGCAAAUAUAAAGACAGACAGAGUUGAUGCCGAAAAUCAUGGACUUUGGUUUAAAAUCUCCGACUUUAAGCACAUAACUGGACCGAUAGCUAUAGAAUUGUCACCCUAUCAAUACAUCCGUGCCCUCGACAACGGUCUGUUUAUAUUAGGAGCCGCCCAUCAACCGGGAGAGAUACCCGAUCCCGAAGAGAUACUGACGGCCAUACGAUUUUCAGGCACACAUAUAGCUCUUAAAUCAGGUUAUAAUAAAUAUCUGAGUAUUGACUCCAAGAACCGAUUGGUGGGUCGGUCUGAUGCUAUUGGACCGCGGGAACAGUUUGAACCCGUAUUUCAGGACAGCAAAAUAGCUCUGUUGGGCUCUAAUGCGUGCUUUUUAUCAGCUGAUGAAGAUAAUCCUGAAUUACCUUAUAUUGUGGCCCGCAGUUCAACCGCCGGUCCCAACGAAAUGAUCAAAAUUCGUAAUAAUAUUGAUCCCGAAGCUGUUCAUAGGGAACGACAAUUGAAAGCAACUGCAGUUGAAGAAAGAGGUUCACUAAAGGACGCAGAAGUGAAUUAUGUAAAGAAAUUUCAGAGUUUUCAGGACAAGAAGCUAAGGAUUAAUAAAGAAGAAACCGUUCACUUGAAGACCGCCAAAGACACUGGAAAACUGCACGAAGUAUUGUUAGACAGAAGAUCUAAGAUGAAGUCCGACAAGUUCUGCAAAUAAUUCAUUUUAGUUUUUUAAACAAAACAUUUAUUUUACAAAAAUCAUCUUAAAAUAAAAUAUU